AUGCUUUCACGUAUUGCGGCCGUGAGGCUGCCGCAAACAGUACGUUCCAUCACGUGGAAAGGUACCGAUAGGAAAGUGACCACGGAAGAGAUAAGCAAGUUAUUGGCCGCAUCGAAGUUCAUGAACAAAAUGACAGCUGUUGUACCGGGACCUGAGAGGAUAAGAGUGAUUUCGCUCGACGUCGAAGCCGAGAAGAAGUUACAAUAUCCUAGAACAGUAUAUGAAGCUUUCCAGUAUGCAGCUGCGCAAAACAAAACGAGCGACAGGUUGUGCGGAUGGAUCGACCCGGCCACUGAAGAAGUGAAAUAUCUAUCAUAUGACCAGUUUUUCCACGAAUCCAAGCAGCUCAGUUUCGCCCUGUUGGAGCUCGGUCUGAAGCCGAAAGAUUUCGCGGCGGUGAGCCUAAUGAACUCCAAAGAAUUCCUGGAGGUCAUGUACGGCACCACGUCUAUUAGCGGUGUCCUGCAACCGCUAUAUCCCAAUCUAGACGCAGAAGCUGUGAAAUAUGUCCUUAAGCAAGGUGAACCAAAAAUUUAUAUUUGUGAUAAUGAAUCGAAGGCGCGUCUUGUCAUCGAUAACGCCGCCAGUCUCCCUUUCGUGAAGACCGUGGUAGUCGGAAAAGGAGUUCCGAGUCGAGACCUGAUGAACGAUGCCAGGGCAGCCGGUAUUCAGAUCAUGGGUAUCAACGCUUUCCUGCAACUCGGCAAGGAUAAAAGCCACGAGCUCAUUCUCCCCAAACAAGAGGAUAUGUACACAUUGAUUUACACGUCGGGAACGACCGGAAAGCCGAAGGGAGCUAUCAUCACCCACGAAAAUAUUUUGUGGGCCUUCCACAUCGUAUCGAAUACUGUCGGCCCCCUGCGACCCAAACCGGGAGAACUGACAUUCUGUUACAUGCCGACAGGACAUAUAUAUGAAAUUCUGUUUGAGCUGCUUGUGAUUGCUGAAGGGGGAACAGUGGUGUAUUGGAGAGGCGACAUCAAAAAGAUGGUUGAUGACAUGAAGAUUGUUAAACCUCACUACAUUCCAAUGGUGCCGCGGAUAAUGAACAAGAUCUUCGACGGCGUCAAUGAAAAACUCGCACAAAGCAAAAUCAAAAGAGCCAUUUUCAACUACGCGUACAACAAGAAGAAGAAGCUCCUGCAGAGGGGCAUCAUGCGCAAUGAUACGAUAUAUGACAAAUUAGUUUUUAAGAAAAUUCAAGAUUUACUCGGGGGACGUGUGAAGUCCAUGAUCACAUCAUCAGCUCCGCUUAGUCACGAGGUGAUGGAGUUUUUCAAGGUGGCAUUCGGCUGUCAUGUUUCGGAAGUGUACGGCAGUACUGAAACGUUGAUAGUCGGCGGUACGUCCCCAUUCGAUCAUACAGGGGGCCACCUCGGGGGCCCUUUUCCGUCUGUUGAGAUAAAACUCAUUGAUGUACCGGAAUUGGGGUAUUAUGCCAAGGACGAUGUCGGGGAGAUCUGUGUACGCUCACCGAUGAUGUUCAGAGGCUACUACAAAAAUGAAGAAGCCACCAAGAAUACUCUGAUAGAUGGUUGGGUCGUAACCGGGGACGUGGGUCGUUGGACUGAGAGAGGAACGUUGCUUAUCAUCGAUCGGAAGAAAGACAUCUUCAAGCUUUCACAAGGCGAAUACAUCGCCCCCGAGAAAGUGGAAUCAGUUUACGGUCGAAUGGACCAAAUCGCCAAUAUUUUCAUCGACGGACGUGGAGAUCAGAGGUUCUGCGUAGCUGUCAUUGUACCGGAGGAAGCGCUUUUCCGGGACUGGCUCAAAGUCAAUGGAUUCGAGGAGGAGGCCGGUCUCCCGUUGAACGAAAUCUGCGGAAACAUCAAAAUUCGGAAAACCUUCCUCCAAGAUAUGAGGAACUUCGGAACCGCGCAUGAUCUCGGGAGUCUACAACAGAUUCGCAACCUCAGUUUGGAAACGACGCCAUUCACUGUCGACUGUGGACUUCUGACAUCCACGUUGAAAGUCAAGCGUAAUGUCGCAAGAGAAUUGUUCGCCGCUCGAAUUGACGAGCUUUACCGUGAGGGGUCACUAGUGGACAAGGAUAUUUAGGAGAAGAUGACGAUUCCUGCUCUUGAUGCUCUCAUCAUGGAGUGUUCGAAGAGAGGUUCCUCGUCAGGACGACGAAAUCUAUGGUCAGGGAGAGGUUGCGCCAUAUGAACCAAGCAAAAUCAAGAACUUCCAAGCCGUCACAGGGGAGGGCUGCUGAACGAAUGGCAGAAUUCCGCGAAGUCGCUCGAGGAAUUACAUUACACAAUCAUACUCGCAAAAGCACAAGCCGGCUUAUCGUCACUCUAGGCGUACAGCGAUUCUCGAAGAAACAUGAGCGGGCCGCGGCGCCUUUCACGUUGCGAUAGAGUCCUGCAUAUCCAAUCGAUGCUCAAGCACUUAACACAAUUUUACCCCGGCUGCGAGUUGGUCUCUCGUAUCCGAGCGGAACCAAGUCCCUGUUCACGAGGGGAACUCCUAUGAAGCGCCCGCUGCGAGGAUAGUUGUGAUAAAAGUAUAUUUUUUUAAGUCGGAGAUGUCCCUGGAGACAAUUUUUUGGCAUCCCUCAGAAAAGUCGAGAUAUUCUGAGAGAUUGCGGAAUGGAAUUCCUCAGAAAUCUCCAGGGUGUAACUCGCGAAAAAGCGCCAAGGAAAGAUUGGUCCCUCGACGAGCGUUGGACCUAAGGAAGUUCAGUGUCUUUUGAGGAGAAGAGAGACGCGUUUCACUUUCUAGAUAUGGAGGAUUGGUGCAUGUUCGCAUAUUCUCAGGAAGAGAGAGGUCGCUUCCGAUUUCAUCAGAUUCCAUUCGCUUAUCUAUCAUCUCAUCCUCUAUCGACCCCUCUAACCUAGGUGUCCAGAACCAAGGGUUCUGACGGGUGACGGAGAGACAGUCUCUUAAGCAAUGUUCGAAGGUCACCAACUGGGGAUCAACGAGAGGUUCGCUGCACCGUGUCGUUUGUAAAUAGUCCCAUGCCUGGAGAAGAAGACAUGCGAAUAAAAAGG